AAGAAGCUUGCCCCUGCCAUAUUGAGAUUCCGCCAACAGCAACUAAAUAUCAGCCUUACAACAACUACUGGCAACAUCCUCCUAAAAGCAUGUCGACCGUAUAUUGGCGUAGACCCAAUACUACAAUUACCUAUGACCACCUUCGAAAGAAGCCGAUUACUCCGAUGGCGUAUGGGCUGGCUUUCUGCUCGUCGAGUACCAUGCUCACGCUGCGAUCACCACCAUGCAUCAAGGAAUCAUUUGGUUGACUGUCUUCGGGUAGCGGAAAAAUUCAAUAUAGCACCUACAAGCAGCCCAAACCCGUUAGACUAUAUCAUCAACCAGCUUCCCAAAUGGUCCAUUCUCUCACCAUCUAUAAAACGACAACAAACCCACGCAUACCAUAGAUGGCUAUUUUGGUGGCCCAUCCUAUCGGAUAUCAUGCUGGAAAUCGACCAGAUCUGCCAACCAGAUAGUGUUUUCUCCCUUGAGGCCUCUUAUUGCACUGGUGAUACCACUCUCAACUGGCUU